GAACUUCUCCUCGUGGAUCUUGUUUGUUCUGACCCUCUCUGUAAAAGGUUAAUUUAGAGGAUACUUUAACUAAUCCUAACAUGCUGCAUCUGUGAUUUUGAUAUUUUAGUUUCGAAGGAUUAAAAAUUACCUGUACACUUUUUAAUUAAAAGAUCUGAAGCCUGCUGGACAGUGACAAGAUGUUGGCGCCGAGUAGUUUCCAGCCAGCCACCAUCCUGGCCCCAGACACCAAGCUUCCCCCACCGAUCCGCUCCCGCUACAGGAAGUUUGAUAUCUAUCCCGAUGUGAAGACAUUCAAACUCAUCGAUGAACAUGCCAUCGAGGUAUCACAACAAGACCAUCCUACAUUCCGUGAUCUGAUCUAUCACCUGGUGUACAGCCCAAAUUUCCAGGCCGAGCUUGACAAAGCCAGAGUUAUCUUUCGAUGGAUGACCUGCAGGAAUAUGCAUACAUUGAAAUUCAAGGAUGUACCCAAUCCUGCCAAGAGUUCACCAGAGGAGGUUCUCCUGUCCUUCAAAAACAAGAAAGGCACAUAUGCCAGGAUCUUUGAGACCAUGUGUGGGUAUGCAGGCCUGUACUGUGCUGUACUGACAGGGUAUGCCAAAGGACUGGACUAUCACCCAGGGGAUAAGUUUAAGGGGGCCGAGUAUAACCAUAGCUGGAACGCUUGCUUCAUUGAUGGAAAUUGGUACCUCGUCGAUUCUCACUGGGCUACACGCUAUCUCAUCUCUGAAAGGAACUCUCAAGAAAAUUUGGUGUAUGAAUAUGAUGACUUUUACUUCAUGACCGACCCAGAGCAGCUGAUCUACAGCCAUUGGGCACAGAGGGAACGCUGGCAACUUCUUUCGCAGAGCCUCACUUUGGCUCAAUUUGAGGACCUCCCAUUGGUCAAGUCCUACUUCUUUAAGUGUGGCAUGUUCUUCAUGUCACAUCAGAAGGGAGUUGUGAAGACACAGAAUGGUAAAAUCGCCAUCACUUGUGGAUUUGUGAAGCCAACAAAUUUCACAUACAAAAUUGUCAUGGCAGAAAAUGGAGACGAAAUGUAUAAUAACCACAAGCUGAAGAAUUAUGCUCUGCAGGAAACGCAGAACAACCAGGCAACCUUUGUACUUCGAGCUCCCAAGGCCGGCAGUUUUUACCUGACCAUCUUCGCUCAGCUCUUGACUGGCGACAUUGGCGUAAAGAAUGUCUUUACCGCAUCAGCAGAAUACAAGGUUGUUGCUGACACAACAGCGCAUGACGCCAGUCCUCUCCCCAACUGUUCAGACAGUAACUGGGGUCCCGGAGUACCUGUCAGUCAACUUGGCCUUGUUCCUAGCCAGAAAGAUGCUGUUAUAUCUACCACUGAUGGAAAUGUUGCCUUCUCCUUCAGAAAGACAAGGCCAACCUACAUUCUUUGUAAACUCCGCCAUCCUGGUAUGGGUGAUGAAGCUCUUGAAAGAUGCAUUUCGGAAACAGAAAUAGGUGACGAGAUCCAUGUGACAGCCACACUACCAAGGCAAGGUGAAUAUGGCCUGGAGAUCUACGGGAAUGACCCUUCCAAAGAUGGUGACACCUACACACACAUCUGCCAGUACUUUGUACACUAUGCUCAACCUGAGGAACAGGCCACAGCAUUCUACCAGGAGGCUCCUCAGAGGCGUGUGGUACCAAAUGCUCACCAGGCAACCCUGUCAUACGUCAACCCCAACCAGCUUGCCCAGAAUGUAUCCGAUAUGAACAUGGGUGGUGGUCAGAACGAGAUUGACCUGGACAGUUUACCUGCCCCACCACCUGAGUUCCUACAACAACAAUAUCUGUACGGCACCGUCCCCGACAGUCGUCAGCAGGGUCACUACCCCGGAAUGUCCCAACCCCACGGUCAGAACCAGCCCGGGGGUCAGGCUGCCUUCACCCCAGGUGCUGGCAAUGUCAUUUUACCCCCCACUCAGCAAAAGACUGUCAUCAACAUUCCUCCCAGUCAGCCAAUCAUGGUUGAGAAGCGUUCGGUGGGCCAGGAACCACCUUCGGCACCCCAGGAGUUCAAAUUGAUCCCAGUCAAGAUGGAGACCGAGGAAGGACCUCCCCCAGCCCCUGCAGCCCCAGCACAGCAGAAGCCCAGUCUGGAGAAUAUUGAUCGCCAGGUGUUACAUACAGUUGACGACCAUGCGAUACAGGUAUCGAAGAGUGAGCAUCCAACAUUUAGAGACCUUGUGUGGGAUUUGAUCUACUCCAAGAAUAUUACAAACGAGAUCGAAAAAGUCAGAGUAAUCUUCCGCUGGCUAGCCACCAAGAACCUGAAGGAGAUCGAUUUUAACAAUGUGGAAAAGGGAAGUCCAGAGGAGGUGUUGAUGGGCCUAAAGACUGGAAAGACAACUUAUGCCAUGGUGUUUGAUACAAUGUGCUGUUAUGCCGGCCUGCACUCAAAGAUCAUCAGCGGUUAUGCCAAAGGAGCUGACUAUCGUCCGGGACAAAAGUUUAUGCCCGGCUCUAAUCAGCAUUCUUGGACGGCCGUCUACAUUUACGGAACCUGGUGUUUACUUGAUGCUCAUUGGGCAGCUCGGCGUAUCAUUGGUAAACAGGCCCAGGUGGAAGAGUUCCACUACCAGCUGGAUGAAUAUUUCUUCCUGCCUGACCCACAUCAGCUCAUUUACACUCACUUCCCAGAUGAUCCAAAAUGGCAGUUGCUCGACCGACCUGUCAGCCUGGAGGAAUUUGAGAACAUGCCUCACAUGAAACCGCAGUUCUUCAAAUAUGGCCUGGAAUUUGUCAGCCAUAGGACUGCUGUUAUUUAUGGCCGAGGAGAAAUUAAUGUACGACUACGUUACCCAGCUCAUAAGCUUGUUGCUGCCUUCAACUUCACAAUUCAGUAUGAAAAUUCAGAGGAAGAAUUCCAGGGUAUGAAGUUAAAUAGGUACGGCAUGCAUGAAAGUGUUGGUGGAAUUGGGUCAUUCAGGCUUCGUCUACCAGAGAAAGGGUCGUACAUUUUGUACAUAUAUGCUAAAGAGGAUACACCAGAAAACACAGACAAUGUUUAUGCACAGGUAUGCGAAUACAAGAUUGUGCAGGAGGAGGUUUCUUGUCCUCCUCCCCAGCCUUUCCCUCCCUGUGCCACACUCCACUGGGGGCCUGGCUCUGCCUUCUUUAAAUACGGUCUGGCAACUUAUCAACAAACUGCAAAUAUCAUCACAAGAGAGGGCAAGGUUGAGCUACAGAUCCGCAUCCCGAAACAGAUGCAGUUUAUGGCCAAACUCAAGCACAUCUCUUACGAUGAUGCUGAUCUGGAUUGUUAUGUUAUGCACAGAAUUGUGGGUAAUACCGCCCAUGUUACCUGUUCUGUCCCUUCACGUGGUGAGUAUGGACUAGAAAUUUAUGGAAAUGAUCCCAGUACAGAAGGUAAAACCCUGUUCCAUAUUGCACAGUAUCUAGUGGAAUGUCAUGAGGAUGUGAAAACUACGCCCCUACCCAAGCUACCACCUGGCUAUCUCGGUGCUCAGUCUAAAUUCUCUGAGUAUGGAUUAAACACUUUGAGCCAUCAUGAUCCUGUAAUCCACCUGGAGACUAACUACAUAGAGAUCCAGUUUGAUUUCGCCACUGAGAUGCGUGUCACAGCUAACUUGAUUAGCGUUGACCAAGAAAAGGAUUUCCCAGAAUUUGUGUUCACCCAGACGCAAGGCUCUGUAAUAAGUUUCAUGGUCACCAUCCCCACGACUGGUUUCUAUAAGUUACAACUGUAUGCCAUCCCUGCCCAGGAUCCCAGCCAGCAGCUGCCAGGUGUGUACAAUUAUCUCCUCAAUUGUCAGAAUGCCCCCAAGGCGCCACAUCCCUUCCCCAAACAGUAUGCCCAGUGGAAAGAGGGUUGCUUCAUGUGGACUCCCACACGCCUAUACAGGGAAAUGCUUCAGGGUCCAGAGCGCAUCGCCAACUUCCGUGUCCUCAUUCCACGUGCUGAGGCAGCCGCCAUGGUUGUGGAUUCAGACUGGACUCACCUGUCUAGCAACCAGCCAGGAAUCUGGGAAGGAGAUGUCAGUUUUAAGAACCAUCACAACAAAUCGGUCAAGGUCACUUUAAACGCAAAUUAUGGAGGUGACCGCACCAAUUACGCAACGCUUUUAGAAUACAAUAUUGAUGUAUAGACUUGCUUGUUAAUGAUUGUAUGUAGGAACAUACAACAAUAACUACCUAUCGCAGAACAAUUUACACUCUACCUGCUUGGUAAACUUCAUCCGCCUUACUAUAUCACCUCUUAGAACAUAUCUACAAUUGAACAAUACUAUGACAUCCUGCUGUAUGACAAGUAGAACCCUUUUGCUUCUGUCAACUAUUGUAAGGAGAGAUAUUCAUUUUGUAAGUUUUUCUAGACCACUCCGUUGUCUACUUGGAAAUGCUUGACUUAAACAACUUCUAAGGACUGUUGUAAGAAGAGAUGUUUGAAAGGUACCAAAUGUGUACUAGCUAGACUACUACUUCGUCUACGUGGAAAUUCUUGAUUUAAACAGGAAGAUAAGAAAAUGUAUGUUUGAUGGUGAAGAAGUCUUAAUGUGAAAAUCGACAACUAGGUACAGUACUUUCUUAUAUGUGAAAAUAUGCUUUAUGUGAAAAUCGACAUGUUGAAAUGGAUUGACAACUAGGAAAUUUCUUAUAAGGAUGAGAAAAUGGUGGCUUUUGAAGAAGUCAAAGUUACUGUUUUGCUUGUAUUUUGUUAAAAAAACAAUUAUUACUUGAAAGAAAAUUUGACAUUUCUCUGUGAUGUGAAUAUCACUGUUUUAAAAAACUGGAAAAUAUUCCAGGAUUUUCUAAUUGAUUUCUGUUAGAAAUAAGAUUGCUAAAUCUAAAUACAAAAUGAUGUUAUAUUUUCAAACAAAACUAAGAUUUAAUUAAAUUCUUGCCUAUUUAAGUUUUGUAAGAAUUGAAGUAAAAUGUGAUGAAUCUUGUGUAUUUAACUCCUGCCAAUUAUCUGUUUCCAGUGUGCAAUCACACCAAGUGCUCAUAAGACAAUAUAGUUAUAUGUAUUUUAUAUGUUUUGGUCUAUGGCAAACAUAUUAGAUCACAUAUUGUUUAUUAUAUUAGUGGGUGUGUUUUUUUCAGUUUACUCCAUGAUAAAAAGAAAGAGACAUUUUCAAAACUUUAAUUUUAUUCCAUCAAUACUGAUUAAAUAUCUUUAUAAAUCAGAUAGUAUAAUCACCAGAUUUCACCAAAUAAAUGUUAAAACGGUUAAACUUGGUGCCCUAAAUCGCUGCGAUCAGAGUUGUCUCCCCUAGGCACAGGGUGUAUAUUACAUAUGCUGUGGAAUUUUCUUAACAACACUUGUUGGAAGGAGUGGUGAAGAUCCGCGGAGGAAAAACUAGAGGCAUUUAUAUACGCAGGUUGUGUAAAGUACAAAUAAGUACUAUGAUACAGAAAAUAUUCUUCUUAUAUUGGAGUAAAUUAUUUGUUGGUAUAAUUUUGCUUGCUCAUAUGAUGUAAUGUUUUUAUUACUUUUUGUAUUGUUUAAGUUUUAUAGAAUGCUUUGUGGUGGAUGUUUUGUAGAAAUCAGGAUGUGGAAGUGCUACUCCAGUAUGGUCUCAUACAUAAAAGUUGUUCUUUAAAAUAUUUACCUAUUAAACAACCAUAUUAGUUACAAUAUAAUAUAUACAUAAAGUCCUGCCAUUUUUCUACCACUCACAAGUUUUGAAAAGGUCUUUCUUAUCAAUGUGUUGCCACUUUAUCAUCAAGUUGAUCAAAUUUCAUUAGCAGGCCAAUUUUUUGUGAAUAGUGGAGUCUUUAUCAUAUUAGGCUCGAUAUAAACUCUUUCCUGAUUUUGCUGCUGUAAAAUAAGAAAAUCCCAAAUACAAAAACUAUAAAUCUUGCGUCUUUUUUUCUAUGACAUAUUAUAGAAAAUAAUUCUGCCAUUAGACUAUCUACUUUUGGGUUGGAGGAAGCUAUAUAUAUAAAACCUAUCUGUUUCCUGGAAUAGUUGUAAUCCUAGAGGUUGUUAUUGUCAUUAAAAAAAAUCCAAAAACAGUUGAAAUGUAAACUUCAGAUUUUCUACUGAUUUUUACAACUUCUUUUAUCAAAUAUACAGUUUUUAGUAGUAGAGAGAAACAACAUGUAAAUUUAGUUAAAAUUGAUGACUUUCACAUCCUUUGGACCAAAUGAUAUAAACUACUAUUUUUAAACCAUGGUUCUAUAUGUUAUGAUCUAGUUAUGUCUGUUACAUAUUAUGUUUGCAAUCCUACACAAUUACAAUGACAUAAACCCACCAUUCUUCAUCAUCUUUUCCUUCCUGUUAAAGAUAUUUUGAGGAUAUACUCAACUAAUUCUGUUAUUACAGUAUUGUUCCUGCCACAGGUGCAAGAAAUGUUGGUUUACAAUUUGUUAGCUUUCCAACACUAUGUGCCUCUUCAUAUUCAUUGGACAUUAAAACAAAUCUAAGAAGAGUAAUUUUAAAAAUUUAUGCACGAGAGUUUUCCAUCAAGGAUGUCAUCAAACAACAAGUUCAAAUACAUUGUAUGUGUAAUUCCUCAAAAACAAAGUCUGUUUACUCAGAAAGCUGAAAAUCUUUCUAGAGCAUAAGGAAGUCAUUUUGUUGUACUCAUAAAGGUGAAAAUCGUUCUAGGGCAUUGGAAAGUCAUUUUGUUGUGUAAUGAUUACCUAUUUCACAAAUAUGGCUCAAGUUUCAUUUCAUAGCACUUGGUUGAAUAUGCUACAUUGCCGACAGCAUAUAUGCACUGCUGGUCACAAAAUGCAUAAUAUGUUACCUAUAUGAUAUAUCAUUAACACCAAAAAAUGAAAUCAAUUAAUAAACAGCAUUCUAAAUGUUGAAUUUCUUGGGAAAUAAAUACAAAUUUAAAACAUAAAAAGAGAAGAUCAAACCUUCCUUUUAGAAUAUACAAAAGCUUAAAUCCAUCAUGUUUACUCUUUGUCGGCAAUGCAGCACCUUCCUUUUUAAUCUACCCCCAUAUAUUGUAAGAAGGGGGAUAACUCUUGUUUUUGUUUCAUGGUAUGACUUAUUAACACCAAUGCAUAACAAACACUAGUUUGCCUUUAUCUUAUAUAAUAUAUAUUCAUGUUAGAUAUUGUUCAAAUUCAAUUUUUAUGCUUUUUACUUAUAGUUGUUACACAAUGUAGAUUAAAAAUAAAGCUGUGCUUCUAAUAUA